AUGGCAUCUGGUUACCAUUUGACUGUUAAAAAGUAUCUCGAUGAAAAUCGAAUUGGUUCUACAUUACCAGAACAUAUUCGACGAGGAUGGGAUCGUAUGUAUAUUUUCUUUUUAGUUAUUAAUAUAUACAUGAAUAAUAUAUUCUUAGGAAUCUAUACAGUCGAAGAACAACAAUUCAAUAUGCGAUCAUGUAUAAUAGGAGCCGAUGUUCAAAUUCCAAAUUCAAUUGUUCGUCAACGUCUAGGUACAACACAAAUCUUAAUGAAAACCAAUAUUGAAAUUUUACGCAAAGCAUUUGAAUUACCUGAUGAAUUAUUUAUGAGUUUAUCUAAUGAACAUAAAUUAUUCGACAUGAUAGAAGACGAUCAACUUAGUUUUGAAUGGAAUGAUGAAGAUAAUAAUGAAAUAAAACAUAAAAAAUCACCAAUUAGUAUAAUCCUUAAUAAACAACGUGAAAAAAGACGUAAAUAUGAAGAUUAUAAAUAUGAUUAUGAUAAUAUUGAACCAUUAUCACUUAAUGAUAUAAUUGAAGAAAUUCAUACAAAUGUUGGACAAAAUUUAAACAAUGAAGAUUUAAAAUUAAUAACAGAUUUAAUGCAAAUAAUAAGUCGACAUAACAAAAAUCAAAUUAUACAUGUUUAUGAUGAAUUAACUAAUGUUCAAUUGAUUAGUAAAUUUGGUGGUAUUCCUAAACUUGUACAGGCUUUACAAGAAAUUCAAAAAGCAUUUGAACAAGUAGCUAUGAAAACUAAUCUGGCUUCGAUUGAAACUGUCAUUGACGUGUUACUUGAAAAAGAUAAUACAUAUCGUUUAGCAAGGGAACUAUUAAAAUCAUUUAAUGAAAACAUUAAAAAAACUAAACAACAACAAAUAUUGAAAUUAGAAGAUAAGUCUGGCGAUAUAUCUGAUCAUGAUCAAACUGUAUUUAAUAUUUUAAUGAAAGAUCGUAUCAGUCGAUUACCUGCAUCGGAAUUGACUGUGUUAAUUCAUAAUCUUGAAACAAUUCAAAAUAUUGAUGCAAGUAAAGUAAGUAAUGAUUAUGAUGAUCAAGUAAACUUUAUAUCCGAACAAUUGAAUAUUAUUUUUACACGUGCACAUCUCAAUGGAAUUAAAACAGUUUUUCAUACAAUGAAAACAUCUAUUGGUGUUUCAUUAAAAGAUUUUAUUGAUAAAAUUGAAACUAGUCUAACAACUAAAUUAACUGAACAUGAUAGUAUUAUUAUUGAAUCAUAUAUUCAUGAUUAUCUUACAUCAUUAACUAAUAAUGAAUUAAAAAUAGUCCAUGAACGUUUAGCACAACAAGGUACUCUUAAACGUAUUGCAAUAACUGGUGAAUUAAAUCAAACAAUAACACUGAGUUUAAUGAAAAAGAUUGAUACAAAUGGACUAGGUGCAGUCAUUGAAUAUAUAAAUGAUAUUCAACUAGAUAAUAACUCAUUAAAAGAACUUAAAGAAGAAUUAAUGAAUAUAAAUAAUUAUAUUCAAAUACAAUCAUCUAUUUCACUUGAACAAAUUCAAAAUCAAUUAGGUAUGGCAUACUUUGUCGAAACACGUAAUCUUAGUAAAAUUGAUAUUCAUGAAUUAUCUAAAGCAGCUGAUUUAUAUUCUAUUGUUCAUAUAAAUCUUGCUGAAGAGGCAAAUAAUGAUGAAUGUUUGACAUUUCUUGAACAUUUGAAAGCUCCAUUUAUACGUAUAUGUAUUCAACGAAUUUUAAAUCUAAUUAAACAAGAUAAUACGAUUAAUUUGACUAAAGUAUCAAAUAAAUUUUAUAAUGAACGUAUUAUUGAUCUACUCAAUGAAUUAAUUUAUGGAUCUGAUGAAUUUAAUCGAAAUUUAUUUUUUCAUCAAAUUAAAAAAUAUUUAAAAAAAAAUAAAGAUUUACCAGAUAAACUCUAUCGACAAAUGUUAAAAGAAAAAUUAAUUCAUAUUGAUACUAAAAUUAAAAUAGAUACAGAUAAAAAGAAAAUUUCAACAAUUAUCAACGAAAUAAAUCAAAUUUUAAUCAAUGUUGAUGAUCGAAUAAAACAAGAACAAUUAGUAGACUUAUUUGAUAGAAUAGAUAUAACUCUUCCUGAACGUAUCAAACGUUGGUAUAAGACCAAGUCAAAUAUCCAAAAAUUGCAAUUUUCUGCAUCUAACAUUCAGAAAAACAUGAUCGAUGGAAAAAAUAGUAUCAAAACAAAAACAAAUAUCCUUAAUUCAAAAACUAAACCUGUUACACUAAGUUCAACUCCUUCAACACAUCGUACUAUUCAUAAAUCAAUCAAUUCACUAAGAAAUACUUUAAAAGAACGAACAACACAAGACAUCAAAGAUCAAUUGCCAACAACUACGACUAUAACCUCCACGAAGCAUACUCGUGAACAAAAAAGAUCUUUGAUAAAAUCUGAACCAAAGUUUCAAUCAAAAGUACAUAUAACAAAAAAGCAUUCCAAAAUUCUUGAUAAUACCAAAAAAACUAGCAAGAUGUCUAUUGAUAAAGAUGAAAAAGAAGAAUUGAAAAUCAAUUCUGAAAUUCCAUUGGCAUCAAAAUCAGAAGGACAACAACAAAGCACUUCAGAUAUUCCUCAUGAUCAACCAAUCUUAUUACCGACAAUAACGACAGAUACAAUUAAUAUAGUUAAUAUUUCAGAACCUCGAACUGAAAGUGAGAAGUUCUAUGAUUAA